CAGAAACCCUUUAAAAGAGACCGCCGCGCUGUCGCCCUGUCCUCCUUCCUCCUUCACUCCACUCCACUCCACCUCCACCUCCAAUCCACUUCCAAUCCUCCCCUCUGUAUAUAUACAUAUCGCUUAUCACACCAUCAUGAGCUUUGCUGCACGUACCGCACUCCGCCAGCUGACCCGUGUCGCUGUGCCCGCUGCCCGCUCCUUCUCCGCCAUCGCUCGCCCCGCUGUUCUCUCCCAAGUCUCGCGUGCUGCUGCCUGCAAGGUCGCUUUCACCCAGACUCGUGGCAUCAAGACCAUGGACUUUGGAGGCACGAAGGAGAUCGUCUAUGAGCGCAGCGACUAUCCACCCGCCAAGCUCCAGGAGAUCUUCAAGGGCGACACCCUCACCGUUCUCGGUUACGGCCCCAUGGGUCGUGGUCAAGCCCUCAACCUCCGCGACAACAAAAUGAACGUCAUCAUCGGAUCCCGCAAGGGUGCUUCCUGGGACAAGGCUGUUUCCGAAGGCUGGGUUCCCGGAAAGAACCUGUUCGAGAUCAACGAGGCCUGCGAGCGCGGAACCGUCAUCAUGAACCUGCUCUCCGAUGCUGCUCAGUCCAAGCUCUGGAACGAGAUCAAGCCCUACCUCACCAAGGGCAAGACCCUGUACUUCUCUCACGGAUUCUCCGUCAUCUACUCCGAGGACACUGGAGUUGUUCCCCCCAAGGACAUUGAUGUUAUCCUCGUUGCCCCCAAGGGAUCUGGCACGACCGUCCGCAACCUCUUCCUGGAGGGACGCGGUAUCAACGGAUCCGUGGCUGUCUACCAAGAUGUCUCGGGCAAGGCCAAGGAGCGUGCUGUUGCUCUCGGAAUUGCCGUCGGUACCGGUUACCUGUACGAGACCACAUUCAAGCAGGAGGUCUACUCUGAUCUCUAUGGUGAGCGUGGAGUGUUGAUGGGUGCGAUCCAGGGUCUCUUUGUUGCUCAGUACGAGGUCCUCCGUGCACGCGGCCACACUCCCUCGGAGGCAUUCAACGAGACUGUGGAGGAGGCCACGCAGUCAUUGUACCCCUUGAUCGGAGCCAACGGUAUGGACUGGAUGUACGCAAACUGCUCGACGACCGCUCAACGCGGUGCUUUGGACUGGUGGAAGAAGUUCCACGAUGCCUCGAAGCCGAUCUUUGAGGAGUUGUACGAGUCUGUGGCCAACGGAACGGAGACCAGGAGGUCGUUGACAAAGAACUCGGCACCAAACUACCGCCAAGAGCUCGAGAAGGAGUUGGCCGAGAUUGCUAACCAUGAGAUGUGGCGUGCUGGCAAGGCUGUUCGCCAGUUGAGGCCCGAGAACCAGUAAAAAAAGAACAAACAACAACAAGACCAGGAUGGACAAGGCAGGACAAUGUCUCCUCCAUGGUUCACACAUUAUACUUGCAUGCUUCGAAUUUGACCUCGAUGCCUUUGAGAAGAUACAAACAAUACAAUAAAAACUAUUAUCUCUGUACACUAUAACAAAA